GCUUUCCUUUCCAUUUUCCAUUUGUUCGGUUCAUUUCCGCCUAAACCCCAACAAAUUAAUGGAAACUUCAUUUCAUCCCCGAGCUGGACUUCCCUUCACAGUUCACCCCUACAUUCACGCCCCUGCCUUCUUUCUUUAUUCCUUCUUCUUCUUCUCCUUUUUUUUGUCCCCAAAAAGGAAAAGAAAUUGUUAUUUAUAAAAAUCUAUUUUUUGAAGUCGACCUCGUACCAAAAAAUAUGGCUCCUUUUGUUUAACGAUCAACCUACCUGAAUAGAUUAUUUUUUUUAGAACAAUGGGUAAUACAGUUUAACAAUAUAUCUAUUCAUCUAAAACUAAACGUACAUGUUUUAUAGAAUUAUAAAUCAUAAAUCAAAAAUAUCAACGCUGAGGUGUUAUGUAAUAGUUACACUAUAUAUGUUGCUGAUUCUAUUCCUUCCGCCUCAACAAAUGGUUCAUAUUAUAAAUUGUAUGUAUUAUUUUCAAACCAUCUCGAAAUUAUUGUUCCGUUUAGAUUUUCAUUUUUUUAGUACAAAUUGAAAAUCAAAACUGGAGAAUAAUUUUAGAAUAGAGGGAGUAAUAUCUUUAGGGCUUUAUAGGAUGCUAGUUUUGUUUUCCAACAAUGGUUCAUAUUAUUUAGGGCUAAUAUAAGAAACAACCUCAAGCUUCAACUGAUUAUCUAAAACAUCUUAAGAAACUCUAUGUGAUUUUUUUAAAUUCUUUUUUUUAAACUCUAAGAAAAAACCUCAAGCUUCAACUGAUUAUCUAAAACAUCUCAAGAAACUCUCUGUGAUUUUUUUUUAAACUCUAAACGAAUACAUCUCUAAUUCAAAACCCAAAAUUCACUUUUUUACGAGCUCCUGAAAGUUACAUUUUAGAUUUUGAAAUAGAUAUUUGAUUUUAUUACAGUUUGAAAAAAUUCAAGUACAAACAUUUUUUGGCUGAAUUUGUUUGUAUGCAUCAAUUUUUAGUUAGUAGAGGACAUUUCUAAUAAUUGAAUUGCCUUUUAAAGGAUUUUUUUUUAAUACUACUUAUUUUCUUAAACGUUGAGUAUGUAUGGAUAUUGGGCCCUUUAGAGCCGAACUGAAAAUAUUCGUGUAAAGUAAAGUGACUAACGGGCCACACGGCCUACUUUCGAAUGAAAGAUUGAAGAAGUAAACAAUUUGAUCCGAGAACCGCCCAUUUACAGUAUUUUGAAUCCCUCCCUCCGCCUUCCUUCCCCAACUCUCUGGAAGUCCCCGGCGACUUCACAGUUCACACCCGCAAUGGCAUGUUUUGUUUUCUUUCUUCUUGAUUUUUUUUUUUUUUUUGAUUUCCAUUUAUCGAUUGCCUUCCUGUAUCGUAAAAUUCAAUUAUUGAUUAAUUUUUGUUUUUUCCCCUAAAUAAUGUACUACUACUAGGAAACAGAGAGUUCCUCCGGCGUACCGUCAUCAUCAUCGGCCAAACAAGCUCCGUCUCCUGCGUUUUUGGAGGAUUGCUUAAAACUACUCCGAGGAGAAAGCGACUCCCAGAGACUUGCUGGUUUACUUUUAGUUACUAAAGUCUGCAACAAAGAUGACCAUUCUGGCAUCCUCCGAGUGUACCAGGCCGUCGGCCCUCAGUUCCUUCUACGUCUACUGCGCACUGGUUUGGGUAAAGGAGGUGGAGGAGGAGGAGGAGAAGAAGAAGAUGGAGGUAGGGACGUUGAUGCUUACUUGGAGCUAUCAGUUACUAUACUUGCUGCAUUCUGCAGAGUUCCUCAAAUUGCGUCUUCUGCACAAAUGCUUCCCUUCAUCCCUCUUUUGCUUCAGAUUCUCUCUAAAGGAUCAGCCUCAUCUAUUAUUGAAGAUUGUUAUGAGUUCUUAUAUUUGGUGGCAAAUGCUCAAGAAGAUGGCAUCAGGGGACUAUAUGAAUCUGGAGGGAUCCAACUGUUUGCUUCUCAGAUGCCCUCUCUGCCAGAUGGUACAAAUGUCGUAAAAUACGCGAUGGAACUUGUUCAGCUCAUGAUAAGCAAGUUGCCAGCUGGGGAAAUUUAUGUCCAAUAUCCGUCAGAGCUGGCAAUGUUGGUUGUGGAAGCUGCACGGAGAUUUGGUUUGCUGCAUUCUGAUCUCAAAUUUAAAGCCCUUCAUCUUCUAUCAGUCAUCCUAUCCUCACAAUAUUCAGUACCAGUUCGCGAAGCUCUUCGGUCUAUGGAUUCUACUGUCUGGUCAACUAACAUGCGAGCUGGUGUUGUUGCUAUCUUGAAUAGCCGAGUUGCACCAGCUGACAAACUCCAGGCUCUAUUCUUAUCUGAAUGCGCCAUUUCAAUUGUUGGUGAAGAAUGGUUAACUGGUCCUGUAGAACUACAGCACAUAAUGGAUCCUAUUCCUGCUAGCAGGUGUAUCCAGCUUGUCUUUGAGACUUCUCGGGUGGAAAUAUCUGUUUUACUCAACGAUUUAGCAUACUUGAGAGAUGAAGCCUCCAAAAGUUGUGCAUCAUUAAGCACUGAAACCACGGCAUCGAAGUGUAGAAAUCUUGGUGUCAUGUACUCUUUGAUUGAGGCUGUGAUAAAACUCAUUUCGAAGUAUGGUGAUGAUGAAGAGUCGUCAGAUGUAGAUGUAACAAUAAGUGAUAGCAUCUUGAUGAAAAUCAUAUCUGGACUGAAUGAGACAAUCAGUGUUGUGUUAGAGUAUUUACAAGAUGCCAAGGAACAUGGGCAGAACAGAGGGGAUGAUCUGCUUGCCUCGGUGCGGAUAAUUGGUAGAUAUCUCGCAGAAACACCCGACGCAUGCAGAGAAAAGGUCAAAGAGCUUCUUGGUUUUAUGCUUUCUGUUCAAGGGGGAGAUGAGGUUCGACCUUUUUACUCAACGUGCUUUCUGCUUCCAAUGCUUUGUCAAAUAACCAUGAGGAGUGAUGGAUGUGAACUAUUCGUAUCAUCUGGGGCAUUUGAAGCGGUUAUUGAAUAUCUCAGAAUUUUGAUCAGCCCAGGUGGUGGAACGGCUGAGGAUGAUGGUGCCUUGUUCCUGGCGUGCGACACAGUGUUGAACUUCUUGUUGAAUGGGGCACAGUUGCGGUCAGAUGGGGUGGAUGCAUCUCUUUUCGAACUGUUAGGAGCACUGGCGGGAUGGGCAGUGAAAGCAAACGACUACGGAAUAAUUAUGAUGGCGUCAAGCAUUUGUGCGGUAAUUCUGGAUUCAACAUCCGAGGAGGCUUUGCUGGGUUGUAAGGACGUGAGUAAGGAUGACGUGAACCAGGUGUCACAGCUCAUGAGGAAAAGCUUGGUUGGAUAUGGGAAGGGUUUGGUGGGGGAUGGCAGAAAGGGAGAAGAAGUUGAUCUGUAUGAAAUAGUGGCUGCAGGUUACUGUCGUUGGGGGAACAGGUUCCCGAGCAUAAAAGGGGCGAUUGAAAGGGAAACAUAAAGACUGUUGAUGAAUAAUCACAAGGAGGUGGUGUAACUGGUACCGUUAUACGAGUGGGUUAAAGAAAAGAUACUGAUGGAUUGUGUAAAAUUUUUAAAUACUCCCUCUCCUCCUCCUCCUUUUUACACUUUGAAAAUAAAACACGCCCUCCAUCCUGUCUUCUUAUCUGAAGCCAUUAUCUACUUCCUCUGUCACAUAAUUAUUGUUCAAUUUGGGUUUUCAUUUUUAAUUCACAUUAUACUAAAAGUUAAAUCUCAAAUUGGACAAUGAUUUUGGGACAGAAGGAGUAAUUUUUAACACAUCAAUAGAAGUAGCUCUGACUAUGCAGUUUUAGGAUACAACAUCAUCGGGUUCUUAUUCUAAGAUAUUUUAAAAAUAUUUAUUAUAAUUAAUGAAAGAAUAUAAUAAAUGUAAAAUAUAUAUUUAAGGUUUUAUUUUCAAUUAAAAAAUAUAUUAGAUGUAAUUUAAGACAAAUUAAAAUGCUUUAUAAUUUGUGAGCAUUAGGUUUAGCUUUCCAAGUUUAAAAUUUAACAAAAUGAUUACGGGUUUUGUGUUAAAAAAAAAAAAUCCCGUUGAAGUUAAAAGUAACACUAGUACUCCCUUCGACC